CAAAUCUUGGUUUGGUUGCAUCGCAGCGCAUACACAAUGGCUGCUGGAAAGAGGGGAAAGCAAACAAUUUUUAGGCCCGCCGCGUCCAGCAAAAAAUAUGAGAAAAAAAUUGUUAAAAAUCCGGGGAAUAGUUGAAAGUCCAGAAAAAUACCAUAGAAGGGAUGUUAACGCUCCCACGAACAUUGUGUCUCUGCUGUGUUGAAGAUUUGGGCUGCCACACUCUGGGACAUAUCACUCCUGUCCAACACAUGGCUUGCUGUCGCUAAUUUGCCAUGGCAACGGUAUCUCCGAACGACUGCCCCACCACGGCAGAACAUUGCCGAGUGCGGAAGAGGAGAGUAGAGGGUAAAGUGAGGAAGAACUUCUCCUGUCAGUUGUGUGAGAAGGCCUUCAACAGCUUGGAGAAGCUGAAGGUACACUCGUACUCCCACACAGGAGAAAGGCCGUAUCACUGCACACACACUGACUGCACCAAGGCCUUCGUCUCCAAGUAUAAACUCUUACGGCAUAUGGCCACACACUCUCCAGAAAAGACACACAAGUGCAGCUACUGCGAGAAGAUGUUCCACCGUAAAGAUCACCUGAAGAACCACCUCCACACACACGACCCCAACAAGGAGGCUUUCAGCUGCACAGAAUGCGGCAAGAGCUACAAUACCAAACUAGGCUUUCGAAGGCACCAAGCCCUACACGCCGCACACCGUGGAGACCUCACCUGCCAGGUGUGCCUGCAGUCAUACCCAAGCACUCCCCUACUGCUGGAGCACCUACGUGGGCACGCAGGGAAAAGCGCUACCGCAACUAAGGAAAAGCGACAUCAGUGCGAGCACUGCGAAAGGCGUUUUUACACCCGUAAGGAUGUGCGACGCCACUUGGUUGUGCAUACAGGACGCAAGGACUUCCUUUGCCAGUACUGUGCACAACGAUUCGGCCGCAAGGACCACCUUACCCGGCAUGUUAAGAAAAGCCACGCUCAUGAGCUGCUGAGGGUUAAGGCAGAGCCCGUAGAUUUGAUGGAGUCACAAUCCUCACCAACAUCUGGGCCUCUCUCUCUAAGGUAUCCAAUAGGUCAUGCUUCUUACUCACCACCACCACCACUGAGGGCGGAGCUUGAAAGUUAUCUCUUAGAGCUACAGGCUGAAGAUACACCCAAGCUGAGUGCUUCUGCAACGGUGACUGGAGAGACAACAUCGUCCCUGGACUUUCUGUCUCCAUUGUUUAAUUUUCUGCCUUACAAUCAAGGGCCAGGGCCUACUUUGGGAAUGGCCUACAGCCAGGAGGAGGGGCCACUGACCACCCCCAUGCAAGACACCCCAGAGCCUCUUAGCCUCCUUCACACAAUCACACAUUCACACACACUGUCACAAACAAAUGCACUCACUCCGAGUUAUACACAUCCACCAUCUCUGAAUACAACCACCACCCUGCCUCGCUUCCACCAAGCCUUCCAGUAACCCAAAUACAUUCACACACUUACAAUUUUUGUAGCACUUAUUAAAACACUCUUAUGUUUAUUAUUAACUUAGCCCUUAAUCAGAUUCAUACAAGCAUAGAGUCUAUAAGAAAUUUUAAGGAAAGUCUUGAGGACAGUAUCACACUUUUCAAGAAGUUAAAAAUGCAAUGCUCAUUUUAUUUUGGCAAUCUUUUUAACAAUGGAGGAUGGCAAUCACCUUACAAAUAUAACUGAAUAUUAAUUACAAGGUAAUGUGAUUUUUAAGAGCAGAGUUCAGUUUGCAGUGAGGUUUCACUCCCAAAAUGCUGAAAGAGAAAGAGAGAGAGGGAGAGAGAGAUUAACACUUUUAACUCAUUAACACUUUAAAUUUAUAGCCACGUUGAAGUUUCAUCAAAGCUGAAAGAUAUUUUGUCUAAUGGUGUUUCCAUCUUGUUGUUUAAUAUAUAGCUCAAAAACUGUUGGGUACUGAACUACCACCAUUUUAGUGACUAUGUCACAACUAUUUAAAGCCAAAGGCAACCAAAACCUUCACAUCUUAAAAAAUAAAUAAUAAUGGUUACAAGGAAGGUUCAUCUCUUUAGGUUUUUUUUUUUUGUUGAUGGCUGUUUGCCAUCAUGCUGCUACUCGUUGUAAGGGCCUCAAAGGAUACCAGUGCAGGAAUGCUUCACAAUUCACAUCAACAAAGGGAAAGAAAGAUGAAGACUCUCUCUCUCUCGCCCAAAUACACACUCACAUCCUUUUACUUUCUUACUUCAUUCAACCUCAUCCACCAGAAUGCUGGCUAUUGCACUGAUCAAAACUGUCAAUGAAAGAAACAUUCAUAUCAGUUUUUGUCAUAUCAGUUUUUGCUGUCUUGGUUUAAAGCUCACAUCUUAUAUAACUUCCAAAAUACAAAUUACAGUCUGUGACAGAGUGUGUCAUUAUAUUGACUUCUCUACAGUUUACCUGAAUAUAAGCUGAGGAUGUAGUUGAUCUCGGUAUCAAAUCUAUUGAAGUUUGUAAUGAACAUAAAAGUUAUUCACAUUGACAGUGAUUUGCAAAGCAACCAUUUGCCAUUUAUGUUUAAUUAGAGUUGCCAAUUUUAGGCGACACAAGUGACCGAGACAACUUUAUGCAAAUGGCCAGUGAAGCAAUGUGUUGGUUACUAAAGAAAGUUUGCACACAUAUGAUGAGAUCACUCAUAUGAUCUGUCACUGAAUAAAGAAGCUGAAAAGGAAUACCUGCUAGUAUACCACAGUACAGCAAGUGGUUGAUCUUCAGCAAUGUAGCUGCUGUCAGUAUGAUUACAUCUUCCUCUAUAGACAUCCUCUAGAGACUGAUCUGUGUAUGUGUGUGUGCUUAAAGGUAUUUGGACAGAAUGUUGGCUAAAUGUCUGUUAAAUGGAACUGUGUUUUACUUCAUACGGAGCAGAAGGUUGUUAAAAGCAUAAAUAUUCAGAGAACCUCCAUUUUGGGCAUAUAUUUCAUAACAGCACUUUCAGAAAAAAAAAAAGACUUUUUGUGAAAGUAAAUAGUAUAGAUAGCAUAAGUAGCUUUUAGAAGAUUUUAAGCAUACAUACACAAUGCUAUAUGUGUGAUAUUUUUACAGGUACACAUAAUACAGUGUUUUUUUGUUAUUGUUGUUUUGCUUUAUUGCACAAAAUAUCUAAUUGUCAGUGUCUCUCGAUUGAGGCUUCAGCCAAACCAAGAAAAAAGGUCAAUUCCAUCAAGAUUCCUUUAUAAAGUACUUAUGACAUUUUCUGGUAGCUUCAGUAUUGACAAAAUUGUGUAGAUCAAGGUGGCCCGCUUCGAUGAGGUCAUCUGAAUGAGUGAUGUCAUUCAUUUAUAUUGCUGCUGAAUCAUGGACUUAUAUUUCUAUAGGAUUGCUCUAAAAAGAAAACUUUAUCAUUGGGAGCCACAAACUCUCCUGUUCAUUGUCAUUGGUACAAUCACAACACAGACUGUGUGAGCGACACUCCUGCAAUAAAUCUGAUGGAUAAUGCUGCUAAUGGACAGUGUAUAGACCGUGGUGGAGCAAACAACUUUCUCUCCUCUUUUAACCCCCCGACAUUUUAAACUGUGUUUUAAAUUAGGUGUGUGUGUGUGUGUGUGUGUGUGUGUGUGUGAGAGAGAGAAAGAGAGAGAGAGAGAGAGAGAGAGAGAGAGAGAGUGUGUGUGAGAGUGAGAGUAUCAUGGGUUGGGGGUUAUGUGAGCCAUAUUGUUAAUGUGCUUGUAAUAUGGUGCAUAUGACACAAACCAUUUAGAGGAUGGACAACACCACAGCAUGGGGAAGGCCGUGGAGGUACUGACCUAUGAUCCAAGAUAGAUGAUAUUGGUAGAUAAACAAGGACAGACAGCAUUCCAGCCAUAAAUAUGUGUGUCAUUGUGUUCUUUUUGUUUUAAUGCCAUUCUGUGUUAAUGGCCUGCUAUUGCUAAUCAAGUAUAUUUUACUUUAAUGUAUUUUUCAAACUACUGUUGUACAUGUAUAGCCUAAGACAGACAGAAUCCUAUAUAUCUAUAUGUAUGAAUGUGUGUUAUGCAUUUGUCUCCAUCAUGAGAGCCUGCUGCCACAGCUGAUAAUUAAUUUGUCUCCUACUGAUAACAUCAUCCAAAGAGAAAGUUAUUUAUUCACUGACUAGCUGAGUCAGGUGUCUGUUAAGGAAGGCAGGCUGUUGGCAGUUGUGCAUGUUUGAUGAAAAGUGUGUGUUUCUGUGUAUGUUCAGACGACCUUUGCUGCUAUGUGAGGAGAGGAGAGAUUUGGUCCAGUGUUAAUACUGUCCACAGUAAUGAGUGAUCAAUAAACACAAAAAAGACUCACUCUAA